AUCGUCGUUGCUAGGAGACAGGAUGCCUCUUUCUGCUCAAGGGCCCUGGCUCGCGGAUAGCCGGGGCUCUCUCUUGCCCGCGGGCUGAAGCCCAAGGUCCCGCUACCACGCAGGGGCAGUUCCGGAAGACCCCUUUCUAUGGGAGUUUUUCUUCUACCCCCUCUAAUGCAAGCCGAGGCAGGCCGAGGCUGCUUGCCCGGAUCCAGCCCCCCGCCCAGCCAUGUCUAAGAAAGGGAAAAAGGCCAAGGCGCCCCUGUCCGAUGAGGAGCAGCUGCUUCUGUUUCAGCGGAAGUUGCUGGCAGAGGAGGAGAUGGCCAAGAAGAAAGAGAGGCUCCUCAGCCAGUUCUUGAAGGACAAGCUGGCCAAGGAGGAGCACAAUAGUGCUCUGAACCUUAAUAAGAUUAACACGCAGUGGAGAACUGUCCUUCGGGAAGUCAAGACCAGAGAGCUUCAUAAGGACAUUGAGAUCCUCAGCCAAACAUUUGGACGAGUGGUGGACUGUAAGGACAAUGUCAUUAAGUCUUUAGCUAAGGACCUGUCUGAAGCUGAGGAACAGUAUGCCCAUGCCCUGCGCAGCCACUUGCACAAUGUUGACCAGCUCUUGGCCCUGCAGAGGCACCGGCUCAACCUCCUGGAGGAAAGUUACAACAUGGAGCUGGAGGCCCUAACCAAGGAGUUUGAGACAGAAAGGAAGACAAUCAUUGACCAACAUGAGAAAGAGAUUCACUACCUACAAGAUGUCUUCAUGGCCAUGGAGCAGAACUAUACAGAUUCUGAGUACGAAAGCAAGCUGGAGUUCCAGAGCAUGUGGGAUGAUCUCAAAAACAAGAAUUUAGAAGAGAAGCACUUUCUAAGACUGCAACUGGAGAACACAGUAGAAGAUCUAUGGAGAAGAUUCCAGGAUGCACUCAGGAAUUACACUGAGGCCACAGAGGAUCGAAAGGUUUCCUUUGAGACCCUGAAGGUGAAGGAUGAGAAGAGCUCCAAAGAGAUUGGAACACAGAUUAAAAAAAUACAGAAACUACAGGAUGCCAUAGCUAUUUCAAAGGGCAAGAUCAUGGUACACAGCCGUGAAAGUGAGGAGCAGAACCAGUAUAUCCGUAACGACAAGGAGUUGGUCCUUGUACAACUGCGAAAACUAAAGGCCCAAAGGACUCAGGCCCGGGCGGUAUCCCAGGAGAACUUAGUCAAACUCACCCUGGAAAGUAAUGCUACUCUCAAGGCCCUGAGAAAGACUGUUGACAAGGGUGAAAAGAUCCUUAAACUUGCUGAGAUAUGUAGGAAAUUUGAAACAGAGGAAGAAAAAGUGCUCCCUUUUUAUUCAUCAAUAUUGACUCCUAAGGAGCAGGAGGAGAUUGAGAAUAACGUAGAGGAGCUUACUGAGGAGCUCACAAAGGUGAUGAUGCACUACAAAGGGAUGGAGAAUUUCUGGAAAAGGUACAAUAAAGUGAAACUGGAGCAACUGAGUCUCCAACACAGGCGAACCCAACUGUUAGAAAUUAAUGGGAAGCUGCGGGAGAUGCUCAAGCAGUACUUGGAUGGCAUCUCAGUGAGUGAUGAAGUGCUGAGCCAGCUCAACCCACUCUUCAUAGUUAACCAUCGAAGCAACUUACCCCAGCCUUUGCCCACACUUACAGCCCAGCCAGGUGACAAACAACCUCCAACCACUUACAACAUCAUUGAAGCAGCCCACAUGAUCUCCCAUACCCUGUGAUCUAAGGAGAAAAUGUCUUUUCAACCCCCAGAGUUUUGUUUUGUUUUGUUUUGUUUUUUGAGAAACAUAGGACUUUGCUAUUAAAUAUUUCCAUGGAGUUUA